AUGACUCCAGAGAAAUCUGCAUCCUUGAGGAUACAAUCUUCUGCUGAACAUAUUGAAUCUACUCCAGGAACAUCGGUUAUAAAGCAGAAUGGUCCUAUUUCUGCACCAUACCCAAAGAAGACUCCACCGGUGAUGAAUCCAGAGAAAUCUGCGUCCCUGAGAAUACAAUCUUGUGCUGAGAAUAUGGAACCUACUCCGGAAACAUCGGUUAGAGAGCAGAAUGGUCCUAUUCCUGCAACAUACCCUAAAAAGGCUCAACCGGAGAUGACUCCAGAGAAGGCGCCUUCAAAUUCACAAGUUGUUUCCCAACACCCUACUCCGAACCGCAUUCUUCAGAUAUUCAGUCAAAAAUUGCAGGAAGCAUGUAAUAAUACUGCGUCAGAUGUUCUUGAGAGUGCCACUAGAAGAAAAGUCGUUCCACGUUUGAGACAGUCUACUUACGGAGAAGUCUUGACAACUCCUGAAGUUCUGAGGAAGCUUGAGGAAGCUGAGGAAAAAAAGAAAGUCAAAGGAAAUGUGGCCAAGAGGCCUCGAAAGAUGGAAAAGAGUAAAGAAUAUGAGAGAGACGACGAAGAUUUACCACUGAUCACGUUGAUCAAUGAAAAAUCAUCGAAAUUAUUGAAAUCUGUGGUUUAUGGAGAGGUGAAGUGGGACGACUUACAGGAAGACACUUUCAUUCUAGCCAAAUUCACUGGGAUAGGCAAAAGCUCCAUUCAAUAUAAAUAUGUUUGUGUGGUUCAAAAUGAAGAUGAAGAUGAUGGUGAAAUUGCCAUUGUAGGGCUCAAGUCGAUCGACAAAACCUGUUCUGACUUCUACAUCAACGAGAUGAACGUAUCUUACAUCACAAUUGAUGAAGUGGCUGCUAUUCUUCCUAAACCCAUGGAGCUACUCCCUCCUCCUGCAACUGGCAGAAAGGGAUGCCAGAAACGCGAAACGGCUGCAUCAGCAAUAGUGAAAUUGAUUAAAUUCCAGAAAGAACUGGUGCCAUUGCAAACAGCGCUACAAGGAAGACCGUCAUCACAACCCUUUCUUCUUGCUGUUGGUACGAAUGAAGCUGAGGAUGAUACUGGUUCUAAUGGAGACUGGUCACAUUAUACACCUGGACAUCUGAGGAAGCCUAGAACAACCAUAUUGAGAAAGUUGCCUCAAAGUUCUAUUGAAGUUGGAGAAGAUGGGUUGGUUUCUUUAAAUUUGGAGGAGGUUUUCAGAGCAGACAUGGAAAAUACUGCUCAUAGGGCUCUACACACAUCAUCUUCUGCUGCUGAGAGUUGUCCUAAUACUCCAAUUGCACGACAUACAUAUCAAAGUCCCAAUAAACGACCUGCAUUAAAGCCUAUGAAUGCUGAUGAAAUUGACCCAAAAAAGCAUAAACCGGAUAAGGAGAAUUCGACUAGACACCAGGCCAGUAGAAGGAGACCCAUCAUCUCACAGGCGAAAAAUGAAGUUCUGAUGUCAAAAAGACUAGAGGCACUAGCAAAAGUGACGUCUCAUACAGAAGAGGAGCACCAAAUUAUAAUGGAAAUUCACCAUACUAAUGAGACUUGUGAGACUGAACUGUCAAAAAAAAAAGAUCAGGAAGUAUCUUCAGAUAUCGAGUCAUCGGAAGCCUCGCAGGAACAUGUCGAAGAUGACACAAUGAUGGAUAACACUAUUGUGGCUGAAGAAUAUCUUACAAAAGCUGACUUGCAUCCUAUUAUCAAAAAUCAGAAAUUGAUAAUGAAGGAACUGUUUAAUAUUCGAACAACUUUAAAUGGCAUUGAUUCGAAGACAUCUGCAACAAUUAUACCGGCAGUAGGUAUUAGUAACAAAUACAGGCUACCCAUCAAUGAUAUCGAAGAAAUGAAAAAACUUAAUACGAUUCUUAAUGAUAGGGGGGAGCAGAACCUGUUUAUGAGAAAUAUGGUACAAGUCGGGGAAAAGAAUGUACAGGUGUGUACCUACCGAAUUCUCGAAAAACUUCUGACGGCCCAUCUCUCCAUGCAGAUGAACUGGAGUGGAAAAAAUCAGAACAAAUUUGCCAUUAUAAAAAUGAAAAAUUUGGUCCUUCGCAUUGUUGAAUCAGUUUGUAUGACAAUCAAAUGCACGGAAAGUGAAGUUGAAACUAAUAUUAAGAACUAUUUGAGAACUGCCAAAGAUCGCCUUCGUAUCAGGGACAAACAAAAGUCUAGAGUAGGAGCAAGAUCAGGUGAUGAUAAUGUGUACCAAAGGAGAACAGAGCAGCUGCAAGAGGUAACAUGUUAUUCAAACAAUUCUAACAGUUCGAACAACGAUGACAUACCUGAAGACAUCGUCUCACCUAUUGCUAAUUCAACUGGUUUGAAUUCGGAUCAUUGA